UAUGCAUAAUAGCGACACUUCGAGUAAUGUCUCUACCAAGUAUUUAACCGGCGGAUCGUGUUUAACCGUUGGCUUCUUGUAGUACCUUAUGCACAUAUCGAUUCCGCCAUGAAUGCUGAAAAUAAUCACAGUGGUAUACUAUGCAUAAUCGACUUUGUUGUUAAAUUAGGCUAAUCUUGAUGGUUAGACGAGAUGCCCUAUUCUAAGCACGACUCGAGUAAUGAAUCAAUUCAGGAGCAACGACAACGUCGUAAAGAACAAAAUCGUACUGCACAACGUGCGUUUCGUGAAAGGAAAGAACGCUAUGUGAAGGAACUUGAAAACCGAAUUCGAGAACUGGAGGAAAAAUAUUCUACUGAUAUUGGUGCUCUGCAAAAGGAGAAUGAAGAUCUGAAAGACCUUACUCGACGCAUGGAGUCCGAAAUUUACACUUUGAAAGGGGCCGCAUUAGCUUUUCAACUAUCCAUCAACAAAUUGCGGGAAGCAGGUGUCGAAGUCCCCAACUCUGUUACACGAGAAUUGUCACCUCCAUCAUCGUCACAGCAAUCUCCUACGUGGCUGGACAAUAAGAUCUCGCCGGUCCAAUUGCCUUCUUCAGUUUUGGAAGAACGAACAAAGGAGCGAGGAUUAAGUCCUCAACAACAAUUGUUCGAUCAUAUGUCAUCAGGCUCGGGGACGAAUUAUGCAAUGUCGGACACUAUAUCGUCUACGAACGAAGAUCAAGAGAUGGAUUACAAUGAUGACUUUGCUGCGAGCACCAAAAAACAAUUUGCCCAUACGCCAGAUCCAAUCGUCUUCACCGAUGCGAAAUUAAUCCCUUACCCUCAGGUCUGGGAACGAAUUUCCGAGCACCCAAGAAUCGAAGAAUUUGACAUGAGCGAAUUAUGUCAAAAACUGAAGAGUAAAGCCAAAUGUUCGGGAACAGGACCUGUCAUUGAAGAAGCCGAGCUUCUACGUGUAUUGCGCUGGAUGGAUAACUUUACCGCAUCUUAAUCAUUCAUUUUCAUUAUAUUCUUUUUCUUUCUCCAUCAUCCGAUAUUUCAACUCUUUCACUUUGGAGUUUUCCUUUUAUCUUAUUCCUUUUUCAUUAUUUGCAUAAACGUCAAUAACAAACAUCCGCUUUUAGCUUUCUGUCGAUUUUGAGUCUUUGUCGACUACUGUGGUCAUUGUUUGAAUAUGCAAAUCUAUUUUACAUCGUUGAAACCCAACG